CUAGGAGCAAAUCAGCGUCAGCCUCGGAGCAGUCCUAGGAGCCAAUCAGCGUCAGUCUUGGAGCAGUCCUAGGAGCCAAUCAGCGUCAGUCUCGGAGCAGUCCUAGGAGCCAAUGAGCGUCCGUCUCUGAUCUCCUGAUAUGUCAGCGCUUCCAAGUGUCCGUCACUAUUGCUGCGCGUGUUUCUACACCGAUAACAUAUUCCUAGCGGAAUACCAAGUACAUGUCCGCUUCACUGACAGAGAGCAAUUCACACAGGACUAUAACCGGGCAUUACAUGACAAGGGAUGUCGCACAUCAGAGCAGUUUGCAUGUGUCCUGGAAAAGGUACAGAAGGAAGUUCAGAGGCGAAUGAAGUUAGGUGAGGAAUCGGUACAGAGGAGAACAGAGAUAUCCCUGCGUUACAAGCCCAUGUACCCCGCAUUAUAUGUUUUACAGGAGUCCUUUUUAGCAGAAGAAUUUUUAAGAGCUGUCAGGUUUUGUGAGUCUCCUCACACUGGUUUAGAUGGAUUGCUGAAACAUCUUCAUUCUAUACCAGGGAAAAGGAUCUAUCAGCUCCCAGUAUUUGUUCCAGAAUUUUGCAGAGACUUGGUAGAAGAGCUGGAAAACUUUGAAAGAUCAGAUUUACCCAAAGGACGACCAAAUACAAUGAAUAACUAUGGGGUUCUUUUGAAUGAGCUAGGAUUUGAUGACACCUUAAUUAAUCCUCUGCGUGAGAAAUAUCUGCAGCCUCUCGCCUCUCUGCUGUUUUCAGACUGGGGAGGAUGCUGUUUGGACAGCCACAAAGCAUUUAUAGUGAAGUAUGCAGUGCAUGAAGAUGUGGAUUUAAGUUGCCACUAUGAUAAUGCAGAGGUCACCCUAAACAUUUGUCUGGGAAAGGAGUUUACAGAAGGAAAUUUAUAUUUUUCAGACAUGAAAGAGGUGCCUCUCAAUGAGCGACAGUAUACAGACAUUGAGCACACCAUCGGCCAUGGAAUAUUACACAGAGGGCAGCAUGUUCAUGGCGCCCUCCCCAUUGAGUCAGGAGAGAGGUGGAACCUUGUCAUAUGGAUGAGAGCUUCACAAGUGCGCAACAAACAAUGUCCUAUGUGCAACAACAAACCACAACUGGUAAAGACACUGGGAGAGGGAGAUGGUUUUACCUAUGACCAAGCAGGUGACAAAGUAGACACUGUAAAUGUAUGUGUCCUAAACUAACAGGAUCAAGUAACAAACAAUGCAGAAUAUUUUAAAUAUCUUUAAAUGUAUCAGUAUUUAUUCUUACAACCCCAUGAAGGCAUUCUAAAGCAGGUUCAUGUGAUGAGUUGUUGAAUUUCUAUUUUUCUAUUAAAUUCAUUUUGCUUCCAUUAAAGAGACCCUGCCAUGCAUUACA